UAGAAGUACUACUGGUACUCCUCCAUUAGGAGUGAGAGCAUACUGCUGUACUGCAAUAAAUGAUCAAUUGUAUUAUUUCGGGGGCUAUUGUGGCCAUGACGACUGCCGUCACAACAGUAUUACACAACUGGAUACUGUUAGUCUUCAAUGGAGAGAAUUAGAACCAACUAAUGCAACUAGACCAGUUAUGAGGAGAACUCAUGGUGGAAUGAUAUCAUUUGAACAUGAUGGAGUACACCAUUUACUAAUGAUAGGAGGAGCAGGAUCUAAACCAGCUGUACAACUACCUCAUUAUAAAUAUAUUCAGUUAUCUAAUGAAAGAUGGCGUACUAAUGAGCACUCAAUGUAUAAUCUAUCAUCAAGAAAAUGGAAUAAUCCUUCAAUCAUUGGUCAGUGUAUAUCACCUGCUAGUGCCUUUAUCAUUGAAAAGAUCAACAACACUAGAGCUGUUCUGUUUGGUGGAACAGAGACUGAUGAUGAUGCUAAGAAUACUGUUACUAACAAUAUUUAUAUAUUAGAGAUAUCAGUCAGCACUGUGUUCUGGCAGUGUAUAAAGAAACCUGAAGCAAUAGACCAAUGGCCUGUGGGUAGAUAUUAUCAUGCAGGUGCUAUUAUUAUAACUGGAUCAGACUGUCCUAUGCUAGUGAUAAGUGGUGGGGCGGAUAAGAAUAAUGAUACAUUAGAUGAUUGUUGGAUCUUUAACAUCACUCAACAUUCCUGGAUAAAGUUAGAUGUACCUCACUCUGCUAGUAAGAGACAUGGUCAUUCUCUCUCAGUGUUCCUUAUGAGUCCUCAUUGUGUCUGGAUAAUAACUGUUGGAGGAUGUGUUGAUAAGAGAGGGACAUUAGUCACUAAUCCUAACAUUGUUAUGAUAACUGAACUAGGUCAGUGUAUUAGCCACACCCACCAAUGAAUACUAUU